AUGCGAAUUGUAUGCACACUAAAUACAACCAUUGAUAACAAAAACAAAAACAACAACAACCAGAGCGCUACUACAUUAACAAUACAUAUCUACAGAAGCGAACAGGUGCGCGUAUACUGUCGCGGCUACGAGAAUGGGAGCGCCGAAAGUGAGCGCUUAUUUGCGAUGCUACCCUCACUGCCCAUCGGACCAGAUUUGAUGCUGGUUUUGGUUAGCGGUUGCUAUAAUUUCGAUAUCAUUUUGCGGCGCUUCAAUAUACGUCAUGUGAGAUUGUUGGAAUUAAGCGCUGAUACAACAAUUACAGGCGCAAAGCUAACGCGUCAGCAAAUACCCAAAGCGCUGCUGGUGGAUAGUUUAACGCUCACUGCUUACACACAACUAGCAGCUGAUCUAUUCGCUGAUUAUAAGCAAUUACGAUUUCUUGAAAUACAAACAACACAACUGCUGGAUUUGCCGCUGACUGUUUUGCAAUCGCUACCAAAUUUGAUUGGGCUGACGCUGAAAGCGCGCAUCACACAGCCAGCGCCACUGCAGUUGUUGCGCGCGCAAAACCGUUUAUUAAAUACCGUGUUAAGCGAUGGCGCGAUACAGAGUCUGGCGACAGCAAAUUUCAGCCACUUAACACAAUUGCAGUCGCUACAUUUGCCACGCAAUAAUCUCAGCUAUGUGCCCGCGCAGGCAUUCGUGCUGCUCACCGAAUUGCUGCGCAUUAAUUUGAGUGAGAAUCGUUUCCGCACGCUGAACGCUACAAUAUUUUCGCAACAACUGAAGCUUGUUGCCAUCGAUUUGAGUGACAAUCAAUUGCAGACGCUGCCAAUGGAUUUGUUUGCGCGCACGCAACGCUUACAAGAGCUACGCCUGUCGCAUAAUCAACUGCAGCACAUACCCAAUGCAUUGUUCGCGCCGCUGAACUACCUAAAGUCACUGUAUUUGAAUAAUAAUCAACUAAUAAACUUACAACCAGAUACUUUCUCUCAUAAUGGAGAGCUACAGAAACUACAUUUGCAAUACAAUCAACUUGAAAUAUCCGAGCCGGCGAUGUGUACAACCUUUGCGGCAUUAAAAAAUUUAGCUGAAUUGUUUUUAAGCAAUAACCUGCUGACACAUAUUUGCGAGCAGCCAAGCAGCAAGAACAAGGGGCACAUUGAUAUGUCACACAAUCAAAUUGAGAUUUUGCGCGCGCCUGGUAUGGUCGCGCUUGCCUGCAGCUGGGCGCGUGUAGAUCUGUCAUACAACGCGCUGCAAAGUAUUUUAUUACCAACACGCCUUCAUAGCAACAAGUCGUUAGCGGCGCUUAAGUGUCAAAGCACACUAGCGCUAAAUCACAACGCGCUGCACUGCGACUGCAAUUUGUUAAACUUUGUGCUAAGCAAACAUGCAGGCUUUCUAAGCGCGUUAACGCAACUAAAUACGUCAAACCUGUACUGUGGAACGCCAACACAACUGCGUACGCGCCCAAUUGAUACAUUGCGGGCAGAUGAACUUUUGUGUCCAGUAGCUGCGCAGUAUUGUCCCAGUAAUUGUAGUUGCUGGGCACGCACUUAUGACGCAACGUUUAUUGUCAACUGUACACAAGCACGCCUGCAAGCAGUGCCCACGCUGUCCACGGUGUUGAAUACAACGCUUACGGCGAUCGAGCUGCAUUUAACAGACAAUAUUAUUAACACGCUGCCAAUAAAUUCAACUGUUGGUUAUGCACUUGUGACGCGCUUAUAUCUUGCAGGCAAUCGACUGCGCGUUAUUGAAGCGUCGCAACUGCCCGCGCAGCUGAUAAGCCUCGAUGUGCGCCACAAUAACUUAACACAACUUCGGAACAGUUUUUAUACGCUACUCAAUUCAAGCACAAUAUUAAAUGAGAUUUAUUUGUCGCAUAAUAAUUGGUCAUGCGAUUGCGCCGCCGAGCAGCUGCUCAUCACGGCUAAGGUACAUCAUAAACGCAUACGCGAUCUGGAUGAGCUCAGGUGCGCGGAUGCGCGUUAUGGCAAAAUACUCGAGCUUGCUUUCAACGAUAUCUGCCCAACAGAUAUGAGUAUGCUAUUUGUGAGCAUAAGUUUAUUAGCGGCUGCUCUCACGCUAGCUGUUGUCAGCGCGCUUUAUUUCAGAUAUCAACUUGAGUUCAAAGUGUGGCUGUACGCGCAUAACGCUUGCCUUUGGUGCGUAACAGAGCAUGAAUUGGAUAAGGACAAGCCAUUUGACGCAUUCAUCUCAUAUUCGCACAAAGAUGAGCAUUUCGUUGUGCAUGAGCUAUUACCAGGCUUAGAACAGGGCGACAUACCGUUUCGUGUGUGCACACAUGAGCGCAAUUGGCUUGCUGGCGCUUACAUACCGGAGCAAAUAAUCGAAUCGGUUGAGCAAUCGCGUCGCACCAUAAUUGUAUUAUCACAACAUUUUAUUGAAUCGCCAUGGGCGCGCAUGGAAUUUCGCACAGCACAUCAAAGCGCUUUGAACGAACGUCGCACACGAAUAAUUAUUAUUAUGUAUGGUGAGGUAACGCAUAUGGACACGCUGGAUAAAGAGCUGCAAGCUUAUUUGAAAAUGAAUACCUAUUUGAAGUGGAAUGAUCCCUGGUUCUGGCGCAAAUUGCGUUACGCUAUGCCGUUUAGGCGUCCUUAUGCGCAUGAUGAGGCGGACGCGCCACGUUUUGUUUACAGCGCAAUGGAAUUGAAGGAGUUGAGUGGGCGUGCGCGCGUCGCAAGGCAAGUUUAAAUUUCUAUGAAUAUGUAGAUACUACACUAAUGCUGUAUUUUUUAUGUAAAUAUAAUAUAUUAUAAAUUUAAUGUACUUUGUUU